GGUGGAGCCUUGCUCGGCGCCUCGCCCUCAGCAGAGCGGGCGAGAAAAGCUGAAGCUGUUCGCGCCACAAUGUCUCCGCCCCGCCUCUCCCUCGUCCUCCUCCUCCUCCCGCCGUGCGCGUCCGCCGUGCGCUUCCUCGUGCUGCGGCACGGACAGACGGAUCACAACCGCGACGGCAUCAUCCAGGGUUCGUCUGACGUGUCACGGCUGAGCGACAGAGGCCGCACGCAGGCGCGGGAGGUGGGCGCCGCGCUUGCGCGACUGGGCGACGUCCGCGUCGCGCGCACCUUCCUCUCUCCGCUGGCGCGCGCACAGCAGACGCACGAGAUCCUCCUCCUCGACCGACCCGACCUCCCGACGCCGACGACGCUGGACGGCCUGCGGGAGAUCGACCUCGGCUCGUGGGAGGGCCGUGCCAAAGCGGAGCUCCGCGCAGAACAGCCUGAUGUGUACGCGGCGUGGCAGUGCGACCCGCUCGCGAUGGUCGUCGACGGCAGGAGACCUAGAUGUCGGAAGCCGAUCGUCGAGCUGUGGGAGAGGGCCCGGUCGGCUGCUUGGCCAACGCUGCGUGCGGUGGACACGGCGGCGGCGGAGGACGACGAGGGUGCGACGCUGGUGGUCUGCCACGGCUCGCUCGGCCAGGCGCUGCUCUGCACCGCCCUCGGGCUCGACGCCACCGCGUGGCGGAGGCACCGCCUAGCUAGAUGCACCGCCGAGAGAGCUCGGCACCCCUUUCCAAACUGUGGCAUGGCAGAGAUCGAUUGGCCGGCGGAUGCGCCGCGGGCGACGCGCUGGCGGUGGCGGUUGCCAGAGGAAGGCUGCUGGCAGAGCGGGACCGCCGCCAGGGCUCUGCACUUGUCACGGGUCGGCGUGCGGAUAGAAGGAUAGGGAGCGGGGAGGUAAAAAUGUGAAACACCAAACAGUCUGUUACUGUUUCGUGUUUGUAGUUUGAUCUCUUUUAUACCCAAUUACCGCUC